AUGUCUGGGAAUCCUGCCUCUUCCUCAGAACAGAACAACAAUAGCUAUGAAACCAAAGCAAGUCUCCGAAUGUCAGAGAAGAAAUGUUCAUGGGCAUCUUACAUGACAAACUCUCCAACCCUCAUCGUUAUGAUUGGCUUACCAGCCCGUGGCAAAACCUACGUGUCCAAGAAGCUUACACGCUACCUCAACUGGAUUGGCGUGCCCACCAAAGUGUUUAAUCUUGGGGUGUAUCGGCGGCAAGCAGUCAAGUCCUAUAAGUCCUAUGACUUCUUCAGGCAUGACAACGAGGAGGCCAUGAAGAUUCGCAAACAGUGUGCCCUGGUGGCGCUGGAAGACGUGAAGGCGUAUCUCACGGAGGAGAGCGGGCAGAUUGCAGUGUUUGAUGCCACCAAUACCACUCGGGAGAGGAGGGACUUGAUUUUGAACUUUGCCGAGGAGAAUUCCUUCAAGGUGUUCUUUGUGGAGUCCGUCUGCGAUGAUCCUGACGUCAUUGCUGCCAACAUCCUGGAGGUGAAGGUGUCGAGUCCUGACUACCCUGAAAGGAACAGGGAGAAUGUGAUGGAUGACUUCCUGAAGAGGAUUGAGUGCUACAAAGUCACCUAUCAGCCCCUCGACCCAGACAGCCAUGACAAGGAUCUUUCUUUCAUCAAGGUGAUAAAUGUGGGCCAGCGAUUUCUUGUGAACAAAGUCCAGGACUACAUCCAGAGCAAGAUCGUCUACUACCUCAUGAAUAUCCACGUCCACCCUCGCACCAUCUACCUCUGCCGGCACGGCGAGAGCGAGUUCAACCUUGUGGGGAAGAUUGGGGGCGACUCAGGCCUCUCGGCGCGAGGGAAACAGUUUGCCCAGGCUCUAAGGAAGUUCCUGGAGGAACAGGAGAUAGCAGACCUCAAAGUGUGGACAAGCCAGUUGAAGAGGACAAUCCAGACCGCUGAAUCUCUGGGGGUGACCUACGAGCAGUGGAAGAUUCUGAACGAGAUUGAUGCUGGCGUGUGCGAGGAGAUGACUUACGCAGAGAUUCAGGAGCAGUACCCGGACGAGUUUGCGCUUCGAGAUGAAGAGAAAUAUCUAUACCGAUAUCCUGGAGGGGAGUCGUACCAGGACCUGGUGCAGCGGUUGGAGCCAGUCAUCAUGGAGCUGGAGCGCCAGGGCAAUGUCCUCGUCAUCUCCCACCAGGCUGUCAUGCGCUGCCUUCUGGCCUACUUCUUGGACAAGGGCGCAGAUGAGCUGCCGUACCUGAGGUGUCCUCUGCACACCAUCUUCAGACUUACUCCCGUGGCCUACGGGUGCAAAGUGGAAACAAUUAAACUCAAUGUGGAGGCUGUGAACACUCACCGUGACAAGCCAACUAACAACUUUCCCAAGAGCCAAACCCCUGUAAGGAUGAGAAGGAACAGCUUUACGCCUCUGUCCAGUUCGAAUACAAUCAGGCGUCCAAGAAAUUACAGUGUUGGGAGCCGGCCCCUCCAGCCCCUCAGCCCGCUCCGUGCCCUGGACACGCAAGAAGGGGCCGACCAGCCGAAGACCCAAGCAGAGACCUCGCGGGCCGCGCACAGGCUCCCAUCUCCGGCGCCCCCUGCGACGCCCUCCUGA